AUGGCUUACGUAACUAAUGGGUCCACCAAAUUACAAUCAUACCCUUCGCUAUUCUCUCUUCUCACCAUUGUUUGUUACAUUUUCAUAAAUCACUAUAAAUAUGGUCUUAACGUUACUCAUCACUUGGCUUGCACAGACAAAUCUACUAGAAGAAUCCUUCACUCUUCUUCUUCUUCUUCUUCAAGUAUUUUUCUCUCUCUAUAUAUAGUUAUGGUGACGAACUCCACAAUCAAACUUCUCUGUAGCUAUGGCGGGAAGAUUUUACCUCGUUAUCCCGACGGUAAACUCCGUUAUAACGGCGGCCACACCCGCGUCCUCGCCGUCCCCCGCUCCGUCUCAUUUUCCGAGCUAGCGUCGAAGAUGGCUGAGAUGUUCGGAUCCGCCGUCACUAUACGGUGUCAGCUCCCGACGGAAGAUCUCGACGCGCUCGUGUCCAUCACGUGCGACGAAGAUCUAGCGAAUCUAAUCGAAGAGUACGACCUCGUUUCCUCCUCAAUGAAGGUCAGAGUCUUCCUAAACCCGCCGAAGUCCGUUAAAUCGACGGUCUCGCCUCCUCCGUUAGCGUUACCGGCGUCCACCUCGUCAUCAGCUUCCUCUACCUCAUCAAGUCCUAGAUCACCGUCGCUGUCAAAACCACCGCUACCUCCGUCGCCGCCGAGGUUGACGACGGUGAAGAAUCAGUGCUACGGUUGCUACGUCCACCACCGUAGUUCGAGAAAUAUGUACCUCGUCCACAACGGCAAUCACUGGCAAUAACCCCAACUCCAAGCCACAAUCAUCAGAUGAAUAAAAAAGAAAAAUAAAUAUGAAAAAUCGAAUAUAUACUUAAAAAGAAAAAUCUUCGUUUUAUAAGUGUAAAAGAAAGAGAGAUAAAAAGAAGGUGUACGUGAUCUCUCUCUGUGUGACGAUGAUCGUCGCCAUUAAUGAAAUCAUCCUAAAAGCUUUUUUGUCUUGGUGACUUGGGUGAGUUCGUGCAAUUCAUUCUUUCUUUUCUCAAUUGCUUCCGGUUAACGUUAACCGUUCCGACAUAUGUCAUCCCCUGCCUUAUCUACUCUUCCCUUGCAUUAUUCUGUUUUUGUUGCACCGUCACCGUUUAGUGGAUGUCAUUACACUUGUUGUCCGUUUCCGUGAAUUACUUUUUUUUUUUCUUUUAACGAACACUUUUUCUUUCUAUCUUUUUUUUUUGUCACAUUUUAAUUAAUAUUUUCUUUUUUAACAUUUUUUUAUUUCUCGGUUUUUCCCACUUGCUUUUUUUUUUGUGGUUUAUAGUUUUUAAUGUUUUGUUGGUAUAUUAUAAUUUCUGUUGAACUAACAUCUUUGGCCACCCUUUGUCAUCUGCAGGUAAUCUCUACAAAAAUAAUCAAGCCAGAGGCGUAACCGGUAUACUCGUUUAUGAUGAAAUCCGAAAAAAUGGGGAUAAGCUUGAGAGAAGACAAAAUCAUGUUUGGGAAUAAAAAGAAGAAGAGGUGAUAAUGAAUGAUGAUAAGAUUCGAUUUUUAAUUAAAAUGGGUCCCGAAAUACAGCUGGUGCGGAGAAGGAAGUAUAAUACUUAUUAGUUUCGGAAAAUGAUGUUCGUUGGAUCUAGUUGAAUGGGAGAGGAGAAGACACCAAGUACGAUUUAAAUUGAGGAGUGAAUAAUGAUGACCUAAAAACAGGGACGUGAACUUGUAGAUAUUUUUAAGGCAAUGACUCUAUUUGGCAUUGAUUAGGAGCUAUCACGAGGUGGAAAUUAAUUAGGCUGUAUAACACCAAAUUAGGCACCGUAUACUAUAGAAUAUAGUGGAAUGGUGACUGAAGUGAUGGAUGGAUAAUCGCUAAACAUACUUUUAAAGACAUUCUCAAACUUCAGGCGGCGGUUAUGCUAUAAAGAAAACUAUAAAACGAAAAGGAGACUAAUUGUGUAAUAAUAAACGUAACCAUUUAGAGAGAAAGAGAGAGAAGCUUACCUUCGUUCUUCUUCUGAUGACCGCCGCCGCCGUCACCGGCGUUUCCUCACCGGAACCGCCAGACCCACCAGAGCCACCAGACCUAACUUCAGCAUUUUCUACCCCUUCCACUUCUGUUUGCGUCCCUGUCCUUACUCUCACCAUUUCAGAUCUAGAUCUAAAAAUUCAAACUUUUAGAAAGAUAGAUUUGAACAGCCAGAUCUUCAAAGAGACUUUUCUCCUAAAAGAUGUUGGUUUGGUGAUUCUUAUUGUCGUGUUCAUACGACCCCUUACUGCAGUAGACAGAUCUGUCUCCAUCACCUCUUAUCAUGAAGCUCACCCUUCUCUUGUUUUCACCAUGUCCCCCACCACCGGAUCUCGUUCACCGCCAUCACUGGACCCAUUAAUCCUUCUACUGGACACAUCCCUGCAGGUUAUAGAUUUGAAACAUUCUGUCUCUAUCUUGCUUGUUUCGAUGAUGUCCUUUGAGUGUUAUCUCGUGCCUUGUUACGGCACGCUCGCCUCUGUGCGAUUCUCUGCAGUAUGCAGUCUAGUUUCUGGUUUCACUCCAUCAAAUGAUAGUUUAAAGUUGCUUCCUCAUCGCUUGUGGCAGAUUCGUAAGGAAACACUUGUUGUUUCUAUCUUUUCAGUGUUUCUGGAUUGUUUAUCCUUUGUGAAGUAUGAUUGCCUCCCAUAUAUUCCAUUCGGUUUGAGUGGUUCUGUUACAGGGAGUAGUGUGCCCAAGAUUAUGUAUGCUUCCAUGUUUGUUUUGUUCAAAGGCUCAUCCAUUUGGUGCUUUGUCGCCUCUGCUUGUGAUGCCGAACUUUUGAUUGUUAAAGCUGCUUCUGUUGCGGUUUCAAUCUCGGGCGUUAGACCAGUACUUGUGCUCUCUAACUCCCAAAGCUUCAUUUCACUUCUUAGCACGAUUGGCGUUGAGUUUCGAGGACUACUCAGCGACAUUAUGUGUUGUUUAUGUGUUAUGUUUGCUCCUAUCUUAUGGUGUUAUAUCUCAUUGCUUUGUUUUGCUAUGGUUGCAGCAGAUGUUUUAGCCGGUUUGGCCUUGUUAUUGCUUGAUGUAAACAAUUUCUCCAGUUAUGGAGACUAAUGAUUUAUAAAGUUGUUGUUUGAU